GAACAGUGGUGGUUCGUCGUGAGUAGACACGCGCGUGUACCCGAGAGAACGCCGUGCGCCCAUGGCGAAAAUGGCGUAGCAGCCAAGCUCGGGUUGGCCCUGGUCUGCCAGUCUCGCGAACAACGCGAUUCCGUCGGAGCGUCAGCGCGUCGUCUUCCCUCGCGCGGACAGUCUCGGCCGAGGUGCGCCAUGUUCGAAUCGGGCCAACUUACACGGUGAGACUGCGUCAGGUGUAUUUGUACAGUGUGUUGUACAGUCUGGUGUGCUUGAGUGAGUAGUCGCGCGAGUCGAGAUAGAUAAAUCCCCACGUUUGACGUCUCCUCGUCACCGUCGUUCUCGUCGUCCUCGUCGUCGUACGCUCGCCGACGACGCCCGCGAACGGCCUGAACGUAGCGUCGCGUGACUUCGCGCGCGCACCUACGUGCAUCCGCGGUUACGUGGAUGAGCUCCGCCGCCGGCCAGGAAUGGCCUUCGGAAUCGCGAGGAUUCGGUGAUCCUGCCUGCUCGCGUGACAGCUUGACGACCUCCAGCAGCACGGCCGAGACGGAGAUGGCGCCACCGGCGUUUUGACACUUGCCGAAGGACCCGUCAGCUGGACUUGAUCGCCGCCCGCAGGCGUCCCGUCUAUUAUGAGCAGAGAAUUCUACGUACCCUGCACACCUUACGCCUAUCAGCAGUGCGGCGGCAACAGCGGCGACGGCGGCGGCGGCGGCUCGACGGAGGGCGUCGUGGUGAGCGUCGGUGCCGGUAACGGUGGCGGCGGCGGUGUCGGUGGCAUGGACUGCAUGCCUCUGCGUCCAGGUCCGUUCCACUACUUGAUCAGCGAGCAAGCCAAGUCUCUGGUGGCCCUGCAGGAGCUGCAGAAUGAGGUCGGCGCCUUGCUCGAGUUCCGGGACCUCGUCAUCGAGACGUUCCCAAACCUCCGGCACAAGAUGGCCGCGACGGCGUCCGCGGGUGCGUCCGUGAUGUCGUCCACCUGCACCCAGAGCUCGCACAUUCCGCUGCCGUUGUCGAGCCCAUCCUCGCGCAGGAUCGCCGAAUGGGAGCCCGGCAAGCUGAGACGGCGCGUGCCUCGCGAAAACAGCGGGGGCGGCGGCGGCAGCGGCAGCGGGGGCAGCGGCGGCGGCGGCGAGUCCUCGUCGCUACCCAGGAGUCGCAGCAACUCCCACAGCGGCGGCACCAAGAACAACUGCAGCGCUACGGUUCAGGACUCCGGCUUCAGCACAGAGGCCUCGUCGAAGGACAGCGCGUCGACGGCGAUCGCGCCACGUGCCAGCAGUCCCCGGCCGAACGCGCUGGACGAGGCCGAGGACGAGCUCUGGAACCUGUUGGACGUGAUUCACCGCAAGGGGAUCCGGCUGCGUGAGGAGGUCGAGUGCCUUCAAGGUCGUCUGGAGAGCGUGGCGACGGAGGAGCUGGCGUCGACGGACGUGCUCGAGGCGGUGAAGAAGGUCACCGGGGCCGAAGAGGAGGAGAGGAGAACGAUCGACGACCGGCAGGACAGCAGGGACCCACAGGUGAUAGCGCUCAGGCGGGAGAAGGAGCAGCUGCUGGACAAGGUGGCCGAGCUCGAGGCGGAGACGAUAUCGAGCCGCGCGCGCACUCAGGAGCUGCAGACCGAGCUGGCGGCGCUGUCGGCCCUGAAGACCGGCCUGGAGGAUCGACUGCAGGCCGGCCUGACGGAAAACGCCCCGGAGAUCCUGGCGCCGGGAGUCCAGAGACUCCAGCCGAUCGCGCCGGUGGUCACCUCGCCGAAGAACGCGAACAGCAUCAAGAGCAAGGGCUCGGCGUUCGCGUCGGUCGCCGGUGGUCCCGCCGGCAAGGCUCACAAGAGUCGUUUUCGCACGAGGACGAUCGAGAAGAACGUGCUGCUGGACGUGGUGGUCGGGCGCAACGCGGACGAGCAGCCACGGCUGGACGUCGACGUCGAGGCGAACGUGAACGAGAGGAGAGCGAGACUGGGAGCGCUCGACUCGAUCCUGGUCUCGCCCACCAGGGUGGCUCAUGUGAAAGACGUGGACUCGAGGAAGAUCGCGGCCAUCCUUCGCGAGAACUCGCCUCUCGAGCUCCAACGGCAUCUAAUCACUACUACCGUCCAUAAUCAGGUCCUACAAAAAAGACUAGACGAAGUUGAGAAGAGUACGGAGACUCUGUCCGAACGACUGGAUAAAGCGCGCGAGGAGAAUGACGAUCUGCGGUUCCAGCUGGAAGAGCGGAACAUCGAGCUGGAGGGCACGCGGGCGCGAGUGCGCGUGCUGGAGCGUCUUCAGCAGCGGCCGCCGACGGAGCAGGAGCCCGAGGCGGACUCGGAGCAGCCCAGGUGUCAGGAACAGAGCGGCCUCGAGCCCGGCAGCAGUACGGAGUCGGCGCGAGACCACCAUCAGCCGGUCGAGAUCAAACCGUCGCCUCGCCGGCGUCCCAGCCGCAUACCUUUGCCCGGCAGUACAAGCGGCAAGGCAGCGUCCUCCCCGUCGAGCGGAACCACUGCGGUGGCCACGACGCCGCCUCGGCCUCCCGGCCACGGCAGGAACGACAGUAGGGAGUCGCUCAAGUCGUUGACGAGACCGCCGCGUGAUUCUAGUCGCGACAGCCAUGGCGGCGGCAAGUCGCUGUCGAAAGCGCGCGACUCCAGCCGGGACUCGCUCGGCAGCCGAAGUUUAUCCAGGAGUAGCGGCAACGGGAGCAGCAAUUGCAUUGGAAGCGGAGCCAACAACAAGGAGACGAAUCGGGAGUCGUCCCUGAACCGGUCCCUGCCGCGUAACAAUUCCAGCCGAGACUCCCUAAACAAAUCCUCCUCGCUGUCCCGCGCCCGUGACUCGCUGGAGUCUAACAACCUCGGCACGUCCUCGCCCACGGGGACGGCGGCCCCCCCUCGGCGACCGCCCGCUCCCGCACGCCGUUCCCACAGCCUGGCGCGCGCGGCGACGUCCGUUGAUAGCGAGCACGGCAAGAGUUGCAUCGAGGCGCCGAGCUCCUGGUAUUCGAGCAAGACCAACAGUCUGCGACACAGCGACUCGUCCCUGUAUCCGGACUCGCUGAAUCAGGAAACCUCCUCUGUCACCGGCUCCACGCGGGUGGAGUUCAUGAUCGGCUCGCCCACCAGGCGCUUCCGCACGAGCGCCGCGUGGCCGCAUCGCUAUUUCGACAGCAUCGACUCGACGGUCGCCGUGCCGGAGAGCCUGCUGACCGACGAGUUCCCGCCGCGGCGCGGCGAGGCCCUGGCCGAGUGCGACUCGCUCGAGUGCCACCCGAUCUCGAGCGAGGACUGAGCCGAGCGAAUUCGCGCGAAAGAGCUGGGCCGGCGAGGGAGAGAGAGUCCUGUAGCGCCGCGCACUUCUUCGCUCCCGCUUCUUUCCGAUGUAACCAUGUCGCAUUACUGGCUUCGCCCGUACGCGGCCUUAUUAUCGUCGAGUCGCCGAUUCGUACAUGCGGAAAAAAAUAGCAACUCAAAACUCAUAUUCUCAUAUACAAGCAAAAAUAUGUAGUCUUACGUGAAGAUAAAACCUUACGUGAAGAAGUUCUAUAUGGUUCCAUUCGAAAAUGUCAUAUUCUCGUUAUUCAAGAAUAAUUUGAGUAUGAAUCGAGAGGAAAAAUAUUGAAUAGAUAGAACGAUAAAUCUGAAAACUAAUGCAAUUCUUGGCUCAAAGACAUCUUUGUUUUUUUUACCCGAUAUCUUUCCUCUCAAUUCAUGAAAAUUAUUCUUAAAUAACAAGAAUAUAUUAUUGUUUUAUCUUCGUAUAAGAUUAGAGAGGGUGUCGCAAAGUUCACGUAAAUAUUUUAACAAUAGAUUCUUUGUAACAUUCUAAGACGAAAGUUCUGAUACGAAAAUGUCGAGGGAGGUUAUUAUUUACGACAACUAUUCAAUAUUUAACAUAUCUCUGUAGCUAAGUCUUAAGUUAAAAUACUGCGAAAUUCAAGACCGUUUGAAAUUAACCACCGGAGAAAAUAAUUUUAUUAUCCAUUUCGCUCGAGUCGUUCGAAUCGCUUAGUUCGUGGAAAGCUCCACUUUCUCAAUCGCUCGUAUCUCGAAAACUAUUGAUGCCUCGACUCAUACUUGACCUUUCGUCUUAGAAUGUCAAUGAGAAUUUAUUAUUAAAAUGUUUAUCUUGAACUUCGAGGCACCCUUAUAUUCCCGUGUAUAUAUUCUUGCUUAUAUAUGUGCAUACGAGAAUCCUGAAUUGAUAGUAACUUUUUUCUGCGUACACGCGAACGUAUGAAUGACUGAAUUCUAAACGCGAAUUAGAAACUACGUUCGUCAGCGCAACGUUCGUUCGCACAGCGAGGGUACGCGCAACACGCUGAUGAGAUGGCACUCAGCAUUCUCAGUGAACCGUACAGUGUGCCUUUCUAAUCUCUUGAAUUCUUUUAGUUUCUCUUUCUUUCUUUCUUUCUUUCUUUUUUCUUUUUUUUUUAUACCAAUCAUCUCAGAUUGAGAACGAGGGAAAUCGUAAUCGCGAUAAUGUUCAUCAUCGAGUCGAGAUCCAACGAGACAGUUUCUCACGCGGAAUUUGUUUCUUGUCGGAGAAGAUUUUUCGUGGACCAUUUUUCUGACGCACCACUGAGAGAGACGACGAGAGAAAUAAGCCUUCGGCAGCCGCCUCAUCAAAAGUGAAACUAUUAUAUCGACUUACCUUCGAGCGGAUGUACAUCGACCUAUAACGAAUACAACCGACCGUAGUUGAUAAUAACAAUUGCGAGAAGGUGUUAGACUUAUGAUAGCUUCUGACUGGCGAUACUGAACCGAAGUCGAAAUUUCGAAAUCGUGCGAUAUCAAUGUUUUAGCUCUAAUGUCAAAACAAGAUGCAUCUUUGCACCCAGACCUGAUCGGGAAUUAUUUUGCAUAUUUUUCCAAGAAAAUCCCCCAUCUUUCAGCCGUCUGAGUUUCUUGUGGAGUUAUCGAGACGUAUUAACUAUUUAAAAAAAUCGUUGGGAUAUUUCGCUGUUACGUCAUCAGCGAGCGGACAUGGUGAAAGACACGAGAGAGACACGCUUGCAUUUAU